GCAGCGUUUGCAUUUUGCACUGGACUUUUGGAUGUGUUUUUGAAUUUGCAGCAUUUGGGCCGUCGCAGAGAGACGAGGAGUGGAGGAGAACCUUUGGCCCAGCAGUUCAGUACUUGCCUCCUCCAACAUGGAAGACACCGUAGACUACACCUUGGAUCUGUUCUCCGAUCCAGAUUUGUGGGGGAAUGAAAGCUUCUCGUUCAACGCGUCAGCUGCUAACACCAGCUUCGUUCCUGUCAUGCCACCGGCCAUCAACAAAUCCAUCAACCUGAUUUUGGUCAUCGUGAUAACCAUCACCAUGGUUUCAAUGGGAUGCACCAUGGAGGUGGUCAAGAUCAAGGAUCACCUAUUGAAACCUAAGGGGGUUUCAAUAGCUUUAAUUUCCCAGUAUGGUGUGAUGCCUCUAGCAGCCUUUUGCCUGGCUAAGGCGUUCAAGCUGACUGAAAUACCGGCUAUAAUUGUUCUGAUCUGCGGCUGCUGUCCUGGAGGAACCAUGUCCAACAUCCUGGCCCUCGCUGUGCAGGGAGAUAUGAACCUCAGCAUAGUGAUGACUUCCUGCUCCACUCUGCUGGCUCUGGGGAUGAUGCCUCUGCUGCUCUACAUCUACUCUCAGGGCUACGCUAACCUGCAGGACUUGGUGCCCUACAUGGACAUCAUGAAGUCUCUGGCCAUGAUCAUCGUCCCCUGCGGCAUCGGCAUCCUCCUCAACUACUACAAACCUCAGUACUCCAAGAUCGUCACAAGGUCAGGCAUCAUCUUAUUGUUGCUGGCUGUGGUGGUGGUCUGCGCCCUCGUCACUGUCGGAAUCGGGGGCUCCAUCCUGAGUGUGCUGGCUCCUCGCCUCAUGGCCGUCGGCUCGCUCAUGCCCCUCAUAGGAUACUCCUUCGGUUACAUCAUCUCCUCGCUCUUCAGACUCACACACAAGGAGCGUAGGACCGUCGCUAUGGAAACAGGCUGUCAGAACGUCCAGCUGUGUGUCACCAUACUGAAGCUGGCCUUUCCCCAGGAGCUGAUGGGCCCCCUGUUUCUGUUCCCCUUCGUCUUCGGGGUCCUGCAGAUCAUCGAGGCGGUCGUGCUCAUCGUGCUGUUCAGGUCUCACCAGUACUUCACACGAAACAAGAAAGAGACGUACAAGCCGACUGAGACAGAAGAGAAGCCUGAGAAAUCCUCAGAUGUAGCCGUGUGAUGGACAAACCUCAGACAGAGUUCACUUUUUAUUCCUACCAGUUUGAACUGUUGCUGACCCCAAAGACAGAAGCUUAAUUUAAAGGGCUGCCGCACUACUUGAAAGAAACUAAAUGGUUAAAUGAGAAAUCACUGAUGACCAAGAAAUUCAUCAUUUAAGUAAAAUUGUUUUUUUAUUGUUUACGUCCAUUGUCUUCCUUACACCAUACAAACGUCCAAUGUUUUUCACUGAAAAUAAAAUCCUUAUGUACAAAAAUG